GAUUUGUAGGUCGCUCUCUGAUUUGAAAAGUCUUCAGCUGAUUGGUUUCUAAGUCGUACAAACAUAGCGCUACCUUCAUUCAAACAUUCAAGUGAAGACUUAUAGCGAUGUCUUUGUCUACCAUUAAGAAACACAUAGCACGAUGUAAUCAGUUUUUAUCCGAAAAAUUGGGAGCUACCAAGGGCAUGGACAAGGGUCCUGAUUACAAACAACUAACUCAGCUUAUAGACUCAUACAAAGCCUUUUAUGAAGAUGUACAAAAGCGCGUUAUUGACUGUUUAGAACCUAACCCUAAUGCGCGAAAACGAGCAUGGGCUAGUUCUGCCGUAAAUAAAAUUCAGGGAAACACAAACAAUGAGAAUUAUCCUCAUGCAGAGAGGUUUCUUUCUGACUGCUUUUUGGAGUAUGGAAAACAAUUAAGUCAGCAACCCGGUUUGAGUCUGGCACUUAUUCAAUGUGGAGAAGCAUACAAUAAAAUUGCUGAAUCAAAAAAUCAGUCGGUAGAUGAAACAAAAUCUGGCUAUUUACAACCGAUUUCUGAGAAGUUACACCGAGAUAUCAGGAAAAUAUCAGUACUUCGAAGAAAAGUUGAAAAUAAACGAUUAACGUUUGCUCAUAGAAAAAAUGUCCUAGAAAAAAAUGCGUUCACAACCAAUGCUCACCCGGAUCAAGCAUUUGAGGAGUGUAGAAUUCAGUAUGAAGACUCAUUGGCAGCUAGUACAGCAGCUAUGUCGAACUUUUUGGAUACUGAAGUUGAACAAAUCAAAACUUUGUCUAAUUUCGUUAAUGCUCAAUUAAGCUUCUAUCAGGAUGCUGCUCGAAUUUUAUCCGAUCUACAUGGAGAACUUGAAAUGAGAUUGCUGGAUGCGUGUGAUCAUGCAAGACGACAAACUCCAUAUCCUGUUAGUUCAAAUGAUGCUUUACCAGAUAUACCGUCAUUAUGUCACGAGUCUACAAAUUUCCAAAUAAAGCCAAAAUACGAUGAUCAUUCAAAAAGAACACCUCAAUGUGUUGCUUUGUAUAAUUUCACUGCUGAAAGUCCUUUUGAACUAUCUUUUUGUAAGGGCGAAUCGAUCAACUUAAUUGAACAGAUUGAUGACAACUGGUAUUUGGGUGAGCUAAAUGGACAAGAAGGUCAUUUCCCAACAAAUUUCGUCCAUGUAACUUGUCCUUUACCAUGAAAUUCGUUUUUUUCCUAACGCAGUUGAUCUUUUAAUUCCUUCGUGAUGAAGUCUUAUUUUUAGUUUAUGCCUCAUCUUACCUUCCUCCAUGCUAUUACUGUUAGCAUGUUCUGUUUUUUUUAUAGAUUUUCUCUCUACUUAUGGUUCGUUAAUGAGUAUACACUUAAAAAUACACAUACAAAUACACUAAAUGAUGUAUUUAUCUAGUUUCCAUUAGAAUUAAGACAAUAAUUUCAAAGUUUUUACCAAUAGAGUAAUUAUUUUACUCCUUGCUCUAUUCUUAUGUCUUCCAUCUAAUUUAAUUGUGCCUGAAACAUUAUCAUCAUUAAGUGCUAUUGUAUUUUAUAAAUAACCGUUUAUCCAUUCUUUAUUUCGUUAGUUAUUAUGUAAAAUUGUUCUUGUUGUUGUUGCUGUUGUUGUUUUGGAACAUUUUAAUAAAGACAAACAUUUUAUUCUUUCUUUGUCAAAACCUUUAUUUUGUUAUUGAUUAUAUUCUCUCUUUUUAAAAUCGUUUAUGUAAUGCCAAAAUGUUCAUUUUGCUCAUUGCUCAUUUACUUUUUUAGUAAAUUGUUUAGUUUCUACUAAUGAUGCCUUAAAUAUGUGUAUUUAAUAUUUUCUUUUAUUGAAGUCAGCUGGUGUUACUGAUUUUUUAUUAUUAUUAUUAUUAUUAUUAUUAUUAUUAUUAUUAUUAUUAUUAUCAUUAUUAUUAUUAUUUAUUAUGACUGGUUACAUAAACCACUACCAAUAUGUUUUGUUAUCCAGUUUAUAGAUGUUGAAUGUCUUAAUGAUAAGGGGAACAAUAUUAUUGAUUUCUUCAAUGGCUUUGAUUCUUCUAAGAAAUUUAGCCACUAUGACAUCAUUAUGUAGUACGUACAUUAUAUAUAUAUGUCCGAAGACGAAAAUAUAUCAUGACACAAUUAGUUGUUACCUUUAGAUAGAUAAUAAAAAUUGUGUAUUAAUGUUAUGUAAUACAAAAAUUGUGACAACAUAAUACCGUUUAAUAGCUUAAUUACUUACUCCUGUUAUUCCUCGUGAAGCAGCGUAGGUAGGCUGCACACCAACAUUCUAUAUCUAACUCUGUCCUGGACAAUUCUUUCUACUUGUUUCCAGUUGCUAUUCAUCUUUUUGGUGUUUGCUUCCAAUUCCCGACACAGUGCGUUCUUUGGUAUUACUCUUUUCUAUUUCCUUUCAUAAUUUCAAGUUAGCGCUUGCUUUAUGAUGCAAUUUUAUAAUUUCCUCAAUGUUUAAGGCUAAAAGAAUGUUUGCGAUCUUAUCAUGGCUCCAGAGGUCGACUACUAUGGAGUCACAUGGAUAAUUUCCUGUAUCGUAUGCAUUACGAUUUCAGAACUGCAGUGCCUUUUUCUAACCUUGAAGAGUUUUCAAAUCAUGUUUAAAAAGUGUCUACAAUUCUUUUUUUGGUUUUGUAUAAUAUAUUCUUACUCUAU